UCAGCCCGCCGCUGCAUUUGCAGCGGGGAGGUGGUGGCCGCGGGAGCCGGAGAGGGGACUUUUUGUCUGCCAAGAUGGCUUCCAAAAGGAGAACUUGGAGCUUCACUGAAAGACAUCAGAAAUUAGUAGAUGCAAACUACUGCAAAACAUUGCAUGUUGAGGCACUAAGAAAGAUAGAGAAUCAAAUCAGGGAUCAAAUGGUGCAGAAUGAAAAUGAUGACCGUGUUGAGCGCAAGAGAUUCCUCCGAUUAUUACAGAAUGAGCAAUUUGAGUUGGAUAUGGAAGAAGCCGUUCAAAAGGCAGAAGAAAACAGAAGAUUGAGGGAACUCCAGCUUGAACAAGAAGAAAAAUUGGCUAUGGAAUUGGCAAAAAUAAAACAUGAAAGUCUAAAGGAUGAAAAGAUGAGGCAACAAGUAAGAGAAAACAGUAUUGAGCUCAGAGAAUUGGAGAAGAAAUUAAAAGCAGCUUACAUGAAUAAAGAAAGGGCAGCUCAGAUUGCUGAAAAGGAUGCCAUUAAAUAUGAGCAAAUGAAACGUGAUGCUGAAAUAGCCAAAUCCAUGAUGGAAGAACACGAGAGACUGAUGAAGGAAGAGAAUGCUGCAGAGGACAGACGAAAUCAAGUAAAAGCACAGUACUAUCAUGACUUAGAGAAACAACUUGAAGAACAAGAAAAAAAGAAGCAGGAAGCUUAUGAGCAGUUGCUAAAAGAGAAACUCAUGAUUGAUGAAAUUGUUAGGAAAAUCUAUGAAGAAGAUCAGUUAGAAAGACAACAAAAGUUAGAAAAAAUGAAUGCAACUCGAAGGUAUAUAGAAGAGUUUCAGAAAGAGCAGGCUCUCUGGAGAAAAAAGAAACGUGAGGAGAUGGAAGAAGAAAACAGAAAAAUCAUUGAGUUUGCCAACAUGCAGCAACAAAGAGAAGAAGAUCGGAUGGCAAAAGUUCAAGAAAAUGAAGGAAAAAGGCAACAACUUCAGAAUAUGCUGACUCAGAAACUGGAAGAAAUGCUGAGGCAACGUGAAGAUUUGGAACAAGUGCGACAAGAAUUAUACCAGGAAGAACAAGCUGAAAUACAUAAGAGGAAGCUAAAAGAAGAAGCAGAAGAGAAAUUGAGAAAGCAAAACGAGUUGAAACAAAAUUUUAUAGAACAAAUGGCCUUGAAAGAACUGGUACUACAGGCUGCAAAAGAGGAAGAGGAGAUCUUUAGAAAAGCUAUGCUGGCUAAACUUGCUGAGGAUGAUCGAAUAGAAUUAAUGAACGCUCAGAAACAGAGAAUGAAGCAACUAGAACACAGGAGGGCUGUGGAAAAACUUAUUGAGGAGCGUCGCAACCAGUUCCUUGCAGACAAACAACAGGAACUGGAAGAAUGGCAGUUGCAGCAAAGACGACAAGGAGGUAUUAAUGCAAUUAUUGAAGAAGAAAGACUAAAACUUCUCAAAGAACAUGCUACAAAAUUACUAGGAUAUCUCCCUAAAGGAGUAUUUAAAAAAGAGGAUGAUAUUGAUAUGCUUGGUGAAGAGUUUAGGAAAGCGUAUCAGGAAAGGAGUGCAAUUUGUGAAGAGAAGUGAUAUCCCCAAGAUUUGGUAAAACCUGGAUUCUUUUGCAUGUUACCACUAGAUGUCAGUGUGACUUUUGUUUACAGCUAGUGAUCGUAGGACUCCAUUGUCUAUUUGGAUUUUCUAAAACAUCUCUGUAUUUCAUCAUUUGUAAACAAUUAUCUAUAAGAAAACAUUUGAUAAAAAUUAAAUUAGGAAACAGUU